CUAUUCAGACCCAUUUUCCCCCAUUUUCCGAGUCUCAACAAUCGUUUUGUGUACAACAACACAAGCGCAGGGAAACGCGAAGAAAGAGAACCAACGAAGAAGAUGUUGAGGGUUGCAUCCAAGAGGCUUUCAUCUCUCUCAUGGAGAGCCAACCACGCCGCCUCUGCUUUCGUCUCUAAGAACCCCAUCGCACCACCGCCUUCUUCCGAUGAACGCAGAUCUGAUCCCUUUUCGAUCCAUCCCGAAUUCUUUCUUCCCUUCAGAGGUUUUGCAAGUGAAUCACUGAUCCAUGCAAAAGAAAACAGCAUUCUUCCUGACAUCCCUGCAACUGUUACAGCUGUUAAAAAUCCAUCUUCCAAGAUUGUAUAUGAUGAGUACAACCAUGAACGUUUUCCUCCUGGUGACCCAAGCAAGAGAGCAUUUGCAUACUUUGUCCUAACAGGUGGAAGGUUUGCUUAUGCUUCUGUGAUCCGUCUUCUUGUCCUCAAGCUUGUCCUCAGCAUGUCGGCAAGUAAGGAUGUCCUUGCUAUGGCUUCACUUGAAGUCGAUCUCUCCAGCAUUGAGCCAGGCACUACUGUCACUGUUAAGUGGCGUGGAAAGCCAGUAUUCAUCAGGCGCAGAACAGAUGAGGAUGUGCAGUUGGCAAACAGUGUUGAUGUUGGAUCUCUUCGUGACCCUCAGCAAGAUGCUGACAGAGUCAAGAACCCAGAAUGGCUUGUUGUGAUUGGUGUUUGCACACAUCUAGGUUGCAUUCCCUUGCCAAAUGCUGGGGACUUUGGCGGCUGGUUUUGCCCGUGCCACGGAUCACAUUAUGAUAUUUCUGGCAGAAUUAGGAAGGGACCUGCGCCAUACAAUCUGGAGGUACCAACUUAUUCAUUCUUGGAGGAAAACAAGUUGUUGAUCGGUUAAAGACCUUGAGCUGCUCAAUAUUGGAACAAGUUCAAAAAUAUUUUUGAUUUAUUGGAUAAUGUCGAAAUGCGCCAUGGACAUACUUGGCCGGGGGAUCUUUAUUAUUUGUUGUUUUAGCAAGUGUUUAUGUAUCUCUGAAUUUUAAGUAUUACUGUUUGACAAUACUUGUAUCAAUAAUUGCCUGGCUUUUUGUUUACAAUUUACAAAUGAGUUGUUUAAAA